AUGACUUCAGUGCUCUGUCUUCAUUUCAGCUCCAGAAAGUCCUCCCUUUCAGCCUCUGUACUACUUCUCCUUCUGCUUGCAGGGCCUAGCAGCACAUUGGUGCUUGGUCCUGGUGCUGGUAGAGUAAAGGCAGGGUUGGAGGGGCGAGUGACAGCUGAGGGUAGGGUUAAACCUGGGGUAAAGGAUAAGAGCUGGGACAGGGCAAGUAUUGAGGGCAACACUGAAACUGGAAAUACUUAUGUUUCUAGACCAGGACCUGCAACAGAAGAGGAUGGUGAAGUGUGGGGGGACAUUGGUGCUACCACUGGCAUCAGGUCCAUACUUUCUAUGGGAGAGGGUGGACUGUGGGAGCCCCGCAGUUCCUCACGCUGUGUGCCCAUCCCGUCUGGCAUGGCCUUGUGCCAAAACAUCGGUUAUGACACUAUGAGGAUGCCCAACCUGCUGGGCCAUGAGUCUCCAGCUGAGGCUGUACAACAGAGUGCCAGCUGGUUGCCACUACUCGCCAGAGAGUGUCACCCUGAUGCCCGCAUCUUUCUCUGCUCUCUCUUUGCACCCAUCUGCCUUGACAGGUUUAUAUCGCCCUGCAGGAGUUUGUGCGAAUCUGUACGGGACAGCUGUGCACCAAUCAUGAGUUGCUAUGGCUACCCCUGGCCAGAAAUUCUACGCUGUGACCAGUAUCCUGCAGACCAUCUCAUGUGUAUCUCCUCCAUCACCAACACCACUGUUCACACAGGGGGGCGUAGAGUGCCACUGGCAAGCUGUCGGGAUUGUGAGCUGGAAGAGGCCUCGUCUUCGAAAGAUACACUGGAGACUUUUUGUAGGAGUGAUUUUGUUGUGAAACUGCGUCUAACACGGCUCAAGUACACACCAGUAAGCUUGUCUCAGUUCUCGCUGGCCCCCAAACUGGAUGUUCUAAAGCAUGGACCACUGUUAGGAGGGCAGAUCCGUUCCCACAUCGAGCUAUGGCUAGAGAGGGAUGCCACCUGUGUAAGGAACAUGACACGGAACCACCCACGAGGCGGCACCUUCCUAGUGACAGGCACAGUGCAGGGGGGGCGCCUGGUGGUCAAUAAGGCUUACGCCUGGCAGAGACGAGACAAGAACCUGAUGGCAGCCGCACGCAAAUGGAAACAUCACAGAUGCAGGAGCUAA